GACCUGCACGACUUCCGUUGUUGGGUUUCCUGCCCUCUCUGGAGCGCCAUCUCGUACACAAGCAGCUGUGGCGACUGUCGAACACUUACGGGCCCGUCGUGGGUCUCUAUUUCGGCAGGAAACCAUUCGUGAUAGUCAACGGCUGGGACGCCGUCAAGGAGUCUCUUGCAAAUGACGACUUAAACGGACGACCUGAGUUGCCUUUCCGGAAGAUGGCGAUGGGCGGAGAAAUGCUAGGCGUAAUGUUCGUGGAAGGUGAAUUCUGGAAAGAACAGCGUCGCUUUUCCCUGCAUCACUUCCGGAACCUGGGGUUCGGGAAGCGCUCGCACGAGAGCGUGAUCCACGAGGAGGCCAAGGAGCUCAUCGACGAGAUCCUGGACGCCGACGGCAGCGUCAAACUACAGGGAUUGCUCGGUAUAUCUUCCAUCAAUAUCCUGUGGGCGGUGAUGGGCGGCGUCAGAUUCCCGAGGAAGGACCCACAACUCAUGCAUCUCGUGGACAGCCUCAACAAACUCUUCAGAGCAGGAGAUGUGAGUGGGGGCUUGGUAAACGCGUUCCCGUUUCUGCGACAUUUCGUUUCGGAAAACCACAGAGAAAACAUUGUCCAAAGGGGGUUUGAUCUCGUCGAAAGCUUCAUUCAGAAAUCCGUGAAUGAACACAAGGCGGAGCUGGACAUAGCCAACCCAAGAGAUUUCAUUGACAUUUAUCUCACGGAGAUUCGUAACAAUAGCAAUAAUCCUAACACCUCUUUCACAGAGAAACAACUGAUCGCAGCAUGCACGGAUGUGUUCAGCGCUGGAGCUGAAACUGGCUCAGCAACUGUAGCCUUUUCUGUCAUGUUGAUGUGUCUCUUCCCGGAAGUUAUGAGAAAAGUGCAAAAGGAGAUUGACUCGGUAGUUGGACAAAACCGUUUUCCCAGCACAACAGACCGAAUGAAUUUACCUUAUGUGGAGGCAACAAUGGCAGAAAUUUUCCGGUUUCGCGGGGCAGCACCGCUGACCGUUCCGCACAAGGCCCUGCGAGACACUAUUUUGCAGGGUCAUCGCAUCCCAGGCGAUACAGUUGUGAUGAACAAUUUAUACAGUGUCCAAAUGGACCCGGAAUACUGGGGCGACCCUGAAAACUUCCGUCCGGAACGCUUUAUCAACGCUGAUGGAACCUUCCGCAAAGACGAGCGAAUGAUCCCUUUCGGGAAAGGUCGACGGCUGUGUCUCGGGGAGCCUCUCGCUCGCAUGACAUCGUUUCUGCUGUUCGCGGCGCUCGUGCAGCAUCUAGACUUCGAGCUCGACCCCGCCGUCCCCGUCACCAACACGGAGGGCGUCGCAGGAUUCACGCUCGGCCCGCCGGAGUUCAGAUUUCUUCCCAACCCCAGACAUUAAAGAAGGAAUGUCUCUAGACUGAUAUGUUCCAUCAUUUUUGUUUUUCAAACAAAACUGUUAUUAUUGCACAACUGCUGCAAUUACAUAUUCCUACAGCAGUAACAUUUUCUUAUAUUCUGACUAUUACUAGAGUAAAAUUAUAUAUGGUGAUCGUUACACUGUAAUCAACAUCAAAUUUUCAUUCCUUAUACUGUGGAUCGUCACUGCAAGAUAUACAAAUUCUGAUUACCAUUUCCAUUCUAAGUAAAUGAUUAAGAAACACAGUUAACAGAUGAAAUAACAGAAAACUUCUGAAAUAAACAGUGUAUAUUUGAUGACUUUACAAGAACUAUUUAUGUUAUGACUUCUUAAAAAGAAAUAAAGAAAAUGAUUUA